UUUGUCAGUCAGUCAUGUCAAUGCUUGUCGUUGUUUCGUGUUCUUUCAAUAUCAAUUGAUUCGCUUUUAAGUAUCGCCGUCUAUUGGCUGUAAACAAAAUAAUUUGCGAAACCGCCAACAGGUGAUGUGAGGUGAUUAUUACGCUGGCGGCUCCUCACGCUGCCUCAACGUACACCAAGAAUCUCGGCAGUCUUCGAUAUCCGUGAACGCAGCCCUGGAACUCACAUCAGCUUGUACACGUUAUGGUGUGUAACGUCGUAAGGUGAGGGCGCGAUGGGCGCGGUGCGGCGCUCGCACGUCGCGGCGCUGGGCGCGGUGGGCGCGCUCGUGCUGCUGCUGCUGGCGCGCCUGCCGCCCCCCGCGCGGCCCCGCCCGCCCCCCGCGCCCGCCUCCACCGCCGCGCCCUCCACCACCACCAACCGCACCGCGCCGCCGCCGGCCCCGCUCGUGCACACGCCGCCGCCCUCCCCGAAGCCGGCCCCGGCGCCGGCCCCGGCGCCGGCCCCGCUCGGCCCUAAGCCGGCGCAGCCCGGCCCCGUCAUCACCAACGACGUGUACGUGGCCGGCCACGAGAAGCCGCACCCCGAGCUGUGCCCCGCGCUGGGCGGCCGGCUGCGGCUGCUGAUGCUGGUGACGUCGGCGCCGUCGCACGCGGCCGCGCGCGACGCCGUGCGGCUCACGUGGGGACACUACGCGGCGCGGGCCGACGUCGCGCUGGCCUUCGUGCUCGGCGUGCCGCCGGACAAGAUGCGGCCCGCGGUCGACGCGGAGGACGCCCUCUACGGCGACAUCAUAAUCGGCCGCUUCAUGGACUCCUACUCGAAUCUCACCCUCAAAACGCUGUCGAUGCUCGAGUGGGUGGACACGUACUGCCCGCGCGUGCCGAAGAUCCUCAAAACGGACGACGACAUGUUCAUAAACGUGCCGAAGCUGCUCGACUUCGCGUCGGCGCCGUCGCGCGUCAACGCGACGAAGACGAUCUGGGGCAAGGUGGUCAAGAAGUCGCUGCCGAAGCGGACGACUCGGUCGAAGUACUACGUAUCACCAUUGCAGUUUCCGGGUAAGGUGUUUCCUGAUUUCGCGACGGGGCCGGCUUAUUUGAUGACCGCUGACGCGAUUAGGAUGCUGCUGGCGGCUGCGCCGUCGGAGCGUUACCUGCGGCUCGAGGACGUGUUCGUGACCGGCGUGCUCGCCAACAAGCUGGGCAUAAAGCGGCAGCACGCCCCCGAGUUCUACAACAAGAAGGUGGCCGCCCACCCGUGCGCGGUUCAGAGGGGAGUGGCCAUACAUAUGGUGAGGUAUCACGAGCAGUUCGACCUGUGGCGGAAGCUGUUAGACGGGAAGACCAAAUGCGCCAGCUAGUGAACGGCGAUGCGAUAGUUUUGCUGAACAAAUAAUGUUAACGGAACAAUACUACUUUUAAUACUGACUUACAUAGUCAUAGUGUAGCCAGACAACUUCGCUCGCGGCGCUACUGCGUUAUUGACAUACAGGUAUUGAAGAAAGAGGGGCAACUCUAUUUUUGGAUUAGACGCACUUUUCUCUUCAUUACCACAAAAAACGUGUUUAAAUACAAGACUCAACCUCAAAAGAUGGUAACCGUGAUCUCUAAACGCGUACAAGUCUUAUUUGGUGAGGUCAAAUUUACGUUUCGUAAGUAUUAAUCAUGCCUCCUUACUUUCCUUACUUUCCAAGCGCCCAGCGCUGUCACUACGCAGUACUGCGUUCGAAGUUGUCAGGCUAUAGCUUUGUUAGUCGCACUAUAUACGUAUAAGUAAUUAAUACAUUAAAAUUGUGUAGUGCAGUUUAUUAAUGCAGUCGAUGGCGUAGGCUUUAAAACAAUUUAUGAAAUCUACAAAUCUAAGCCGUUAUCCGGUUAUGCAAUUCCUGAAUGGAAAAUGUCAUUUGUUAUAUGCCAUGCCUUACAUGUUUUGGAGUUUUACUCAAUUCGCUUUUGGCAUAGACAAGAGUUCUACUGGAUUUUUUUGCCCCACAUGUGGGCCAUUAAAAAGCUAAUUACAUAUUUUAUAAUUAUAAAGUAGAAGUUAGUGAUUUUUAUGGGUUUUUUAUGCCAUAAAAUUGCAAUAAACGUUUAUCUAUUUAUAUUACAGUUUAUAUAUAUAUAUAUGUGUGUAUAAUUUUUAAAUUAUAAAUAAUAUGAUUAUAUAUUUAUCUAGACACGAUCUGCGACAGAACAAAUAUACGUACUAUUUACAUAAUAGUGAUGUCAUAAACUUCUUUGCGAGAUUAUAGCUGUAUAUAAUUGUUUACUUUGGCUCGUCAAUAAAAAAUAAAAGUAGUAUUGUUGCCAGUGUUCUGAAUCUCGCUGGUUUAAUUGUUUCCUUUGAUAAAAAAAAAAAUAAAUAAAUCUGAUAUUGUACAUUGA